AUGGAGAUUAGGAGCAAUGUGACAGAGUUUGUUCUACUGGGACUCACAGGAAAUCCAAAGAUGCAGAAGGUCAUAUUUGUUGUGUUUUUUUUCAUCUACAUCAUCUCAUUGGUAGGAAAUUUGCUCAUUGUUUUUACCAUCACUGCCAGCUCACUGUCAGGGUCUCCCAUGUAUUUUUUCCUGGCCUAUCUCUCCUUCAUUGAUGCCUGUUAUUGCUCUAUCAACACCCCCAAACUUAUUGCAGAUUCACUUUAUGAAAAAAAGACCAUACGAUUCUAUGAGUGUAUGAUUCAAAUAUUUGCAGAACAUUUCUUUGGAGGCGCUGAGAUCAUCCUGCUCACUGUGAUGGCCUAUGACCGCUACGUGGCCAUCUGCAAACCCCUGCACUACAAGGUCAUCAUGAACUGGCGUUUAUGUGGUCUGCUCGUGGGUGUGGUAUGGGCGGGAGGCUUUCUUCACUCAACCAUACAGAUCCUCUUCAUCUUGCCACUGCCCUUCUGUGGUCCCAACAUCAUAGAUCAUUUUUUGUGUGACUUAAGCCCUUUGCUCAAUCUGGCCUGCACUGAUACACACAUUCUAGGACUCUUUGUUUCUGCCAAUAGCGGUUUUAUCUGCUUGCUAAAUUUCCUCCUCCUGAUGGUCUCCUAUGUGAGUAUUCUGCACUCCCUAAAAAACCACAGUUUAGAGGCAAGGCGCAAAGCCCUCUCCACCUGUAUCUCCCACAUCACGGUGGUCAUCUUGUUCUUUGUGCCCUGCACAUUUAUGUACCUAAGACCUGCUGUUACUUUCCCCAUUGAUAAAGCUGUUGCUGUAUUCUACACUGCAAUAACUCCCAUGCUAAAUCCCUUAAUCUACACCUUGCGAAAUGCACAGAUGAAAGAUGCCAUUAAGAAACUUUAUAAUAAUUUAAAUUUAAUUUAA